AGCAGAGCUAAUACCGAAACCAACCACCGCCACUAUCUCUCGGCCGGGGGCAUCCAAGCUGAGGCGAUUAGUGUGCAUGGCCUCAUUCCUCACCAAACCUGAUUAGGGUGACGCCGAAUAUCAUCGCCCACAGUGUAGCGGAAACUGCCGUCAUGCCACCGUCGGCCCGGGUAGGAAGGGGGGACGCCAACACCAAGCCGAGAAUGGCGUUACGAAACAAAACCGAUCACCACAUCGCGGUGAGUCCCCCCCUCAGGUAUCCUCCGCGGCCUCGCAAGGUCCGACUUAGCCGCUGGAUUCUCGGCGUGCAUAGGGCUGUCGAAACCGUGAGAGCGGAAACCCCUGCUAACGGCUUAAGGAGGACGGUCGUCUCGGAAUAUCCGCAUGCGAUGAUAAAGGAGGGUUAUGCGAGCCGAGCCUCCCUAGAUCGCUGGUCGCCCUCGGCCUUUGUGACGCUGCACCAACCAGGGAAGUCGGGGAGAUUCGGACCGGGUCUGUACGUUUCCUCGAAUGCUACGUCGUAUGUCCACGCCGCAGGCCGGACAGAGGUGUUGUGCAUACACACAUGCGCUUACGCAGCCAGGGUGUUGGCGGUUCCUACGGCGCGGCCCUCGCUGGACCCAAAUACCCCUCCAACUAAUACGCCCGGAUAUAAGCCCAGGAGUCGUAGCGGGGCCGGGGUCGACGCGUUGGCUAAGCUCUGGCAGAGGACCCAAGCAGGUAAGGGGUGGACGGCAAGCGUACCUCCUCAUGGGUUCUCUUUGUUUCGUGUUGUUAUAGGAGUUGGCAUUACACGGCGACAUGGUCGGCAUCCCAAUGUCUUGGUGGAAAUUCGGUGUUAGGCUUAGACACGUACUUCGUCGUUUUGUGAGGCUGCAGGGACAAGGGAUAAUAGGAAGCUAAAAAGACUGGUGGCUGAUAGUAAUCUACCGUCUUUUAGCAGGCAUUCAGA